AUGGAGAAUAAAAAUCAAAGUUUGUUCUUUUGUCGAACAACAAAGGAGCAGUGUGAGGUUGUUCUUCAGAUUCUUAAGAAGUAUGAGCGGGCUUCUGGCCAGCAGAUAAAUUUUCAGAAAUCAUCGGUCCAAUUUGGGCAUACUGUGGACCAUGGUCUCCGUGAGGAGUUAAAAGGGAUCUUAGGGAUUACGAAUAUAGGUGGUAUGGGUACUUAUUUGGGAAUUCCGGAAAGUCUAGGUGGAGCUAAAACGCAAAUCUUUUCUUAUGUUCAGGACCGGUUACAAUCACGGGCUAGUGGUUGGCCAGUUCGCCUCCUUUCAAAAGGAGGAAAGGAAGUCAUGAUUAAGUCGGUGGCAACGGCAGUUCCUACCUUUGUGAUGUCGUGCUUUCGAUUGCCCAAGACGGUUACGCGGAAAUUAACUAGUGCUAUUUCCAAUUAUUGGUGGAGUUCUUCUGGUCAAUCGCGGGGUUUACAUUGGGUGGCUUGGGAUAAGCUAUGUCUGGAUAAAAAGGAAGGAGGUUUGGGUUUCCGCGGUUUGGAUGAUUUCAAUACCGCCCUGCUGGCGAAGCAGCUAUGGCGAUUAAUUUCUGUUCUGGAUUCACUUUUUGCACGGGUUUUUAAAGGCCGGUAUUAUAGGCAUUCGGAUCCCUUGGAUCCGAUUAGAUCUUACUCACCAUCCUAUGGAUGGAGAAGUAUUAUCUCAGCUCGCUCUCUGGUUAACAAAUGA